GUCUGCAUAAAAUUACUUGUUUACAUUAUACAUUUCUGACAGCUGUGAAAAAUGAUUGAGACUGCGCUAGCGAUUGACCAAGAAACGCCUGAUUUUUUCCUGGAUUCAAGAUCGGUUCGUUGGGUUGAUUUGUAAAUAUGCAAGAGUCGUCUUGUAACAACGAGAUCGUCGCUAACCGGUGUGAAUCUGUUGAUUGUCAAGAGGGAUUUUGUUGAUCGUUGUUGAUGCGGUCCUUAGCCAAACUAUCUCCAAGAUAGAGAAUAUCACUAAAACAGGCUGGAGGCUACCGCAAUCAUGGUUCUUAAGAAGCGCAAACAUAGCACCAGCCGGCUUGAAGACGUCCCGUUAGCUGAUUAUGGCGCUGACGAAAACAUCACCGACAGCGCCAAGAUACAAUGGGUCAACCAACCAUGGGUACGAGGCGUGCUCCGUGGUAUGGCAAUCAUCAGCUUCAUAUCCGUCAGUUGUAACACGCCAGAGACGUUCCAGCACCUGGCCGAACUUACGUACAUCACGUUUGUCACGGAUAUCAUCGUAUCGGUUAUCUUCACUGCCGAGAUGAUAGCCAAGAUGCACAUGAAAGGCGUCAUCCGUGGUGAAGCGCCGUAUCUCAAGGACAAUUGGUGCGUCUUUGACGCCAUCAUGGUGUUUCUUGUCUGGGUCUCGGUGGUGUUACAGUUUUUCCAAUUGACGAAUGUUGUGCCUGAAGUCACCGUUUUGUCCAUUCUGAGGUCACCGCGCCCGCUGAUCGCAGUGCGAUGCGUCCGAGUGUAUCUCAAGUUCCAACUGCCUAAGUCCAGGGUCAUGUCCAUUUUCAAACGAUCUGGCCAGCAAGUUUGGAGUGUGACCAUCUUUCUGGUGUUUUUCCUGGUCUUGUACGGAAUGCUCGGGGUGCAGAUGUUUGGUAGUCUCUCUGCUCAUUGUGUGGUGGAAGGAACAACAAAAGAUACUAAUUUCACCAUGGAUGAGCUCGCGAUACCGGACACGCAUUGCUCCAUGGAUACAAACAUGGGAUACCAAUGCCACAACGGAAUGAAGUGUAUCAACAGAGACUCCUUACCGAGGGACGUCAUGGGGUACAACGGAUUUGAACACAUUGGAACGAGUAUCUUCACGGUGUAUGAGAGUGCGUCUCUCGAGGGUUGGGUGUUUGUCAUGUAUAAAGUCACGGACAGCUUCUCGUCAUGGCGUGGCUAUUUCUUCUUCGUCACGAUGAUCUUCUUCCUUGCCUGGCUUGUGAAGAAUGUGUUCAUAGCUGUGAUCAUCGAGACGUUUGCAGAGAUUAGGGUCCAGUUCAGACAAAUGUGGACCAGCAGCCGAACAGCCGAAUCAGCCGUGGAUUCCAAGGUGCUUCAAGAUGACGGCACCUGCACGCCCUGGAAACUGACGACCGUGGAUGAGAACAAACCCCGUGGCUUAGCCCCCCAUUGCUGUCAGCUCAUACUGCAGUCCAGGGCCUUCCAUAUGGUGAUCCUGAUACUCGUCAUCAGUGACGCCUUGCUGGCGUCCACGUACAACAUGCUGAACACAUUGGCGACAGAGGAACAGAGUAAUAGAUAUCACGAUUUCCUCUACGCUGCCCAGGUGACUUUUACCGUUCUGUUUGACCUUGAGGUCUUGUUCAAGAUUUGGUGUCUUGGUUUUUUUGGUUACAUCAAGCGAUCACUCCACAAGUUCGAGUUAUGUUUGGCACUUGGUACAACCCUACAUCUCUUCAAGGAUUUAUACCACACACAGUUAACUUACUUCCAAGUUGUGCGCUGUGUGCGUCUGAUCAAACUUUCACCGACACUGGAGGAUUUCAGUCGCAAGAUCUUUGGACCAUUCGUCAAGCUGGGCACGUUGAUUCUAUUCACCAUGAGUUCUCUCAUCAUUGUCUCAGUCAUCAGUCUUCAGCUCUUCUGUUGCAUCGAGAACCUCAAUCAAUUCAAAACGUUCCCGCAUGCCCUCAUGUCAAUGUUUCAGAUCCUGACCCAGGAGGGUUGGAUCGAGGUAAUGAAUGAGGCUAUGCUUCAUGCCAGCGAAGACGUGACUAUCGCAAUCGCAGUCUUCUUUUUAACGUACCAUCUUUUUGCGUAUGUGAUUGUACUGAGCAUGUUUGUAGCAGUCAUCUUGGACAACUUGGAGCUGGAUGAGGAUUUGAAGUCCCUCAAGCAUCUCAAAGCGACUGAGCAAGGAAACCUCAUUGAGAAGUUACCGCUGAGACUCCGAGUAUUUGAGAAAUUCCCUGACAAGCCCCAGAUGGUAGCCCUGUCCCGCCUGCCUUCCGAGUUUACUCUCCCAAAGAUCAGGGAUAGUUUCAUCCGUCAGUUUGUGGAGACGGGAACAGACAUGGAGAGGCUCCUGCGUCGAUCAGUCAGCCGCGACACUCAAGGUCACACCCAGGGGGCAGUGUUGUUGACCUUACCCGACCCAGCCAAUCAGCUGCGUUUGCUGCGCCGACGAGCCAAGCAACUGGUGUCCUGCCACAUACCUAGUUUGGUGCAUAGGAAGACCGGUAUCUCCGCCAUUGUCAGGAACUCCGCCCAUCAAAGGGUACUUAGCCUCGGCUACGGUGCUAUCGGUUACCGGGGACGUAUGCUAAGCGAGUAUGGUUGCCGUGACCGCAGGUCGGUAUAUCGAUUGAGGGCGCUGCGGGGGUCACUCAGAGGUCACAAGCCCAUGGAGUCCAUCAAAGAGAAUGGAGACACUAUUACCAAUCGCAACGUGUCGUUCAACAUCAAGGUCAUACAGGAACGCAAACAGCAAGCUGUACAAAAGAGGACUGCCAAGGAGGAAGAACUGCGCGAGAAUCAUCCGUACUUUGACACGCCCCUCUUCGCUGUCGGUAGAGAGAGUCGCGUUCGCAAGAUCUGCAGUGCCAUAGUCUAUGCCAGAUACAAUGCGACUUUAACUGAUGAAUCUGGAAUGGCCAUCAAGCGUCGAUACCAAGGAUUUCAUGAUUUUCUGGCCAUGGUAACGUACCUGACAUGGUUCUCCAUUGUCUUCACCGUGGCCGCCUGUAUCUCCAUGAUGUUUGAGGAUGCGAGCGCCAGCAUCAUGGAAACGCCUGCUCUCCAGGUGGCCGAGUACGUCUUUGUGAUCUUCAUGAGCUUGGAGAUGAUGCUCAAGGUUUUGGCGGACGGAUUGUUCUUCACCCCGAAGGCUUUGAUUCGAGAUGUCGGCGGCGUUUUGGAUGUCUUCAUCUACUUUGUUAGCCUGGUCUUCCUGUGCUGGCUGCCCAAAGACAUCCCCCCUAGGUCACUGGCAUACAUCCUAAUGAUACUUCGUUGUUUCCGGCCUCUACGCAUUUUUACACUGGUUCCCCAUCUUCGUAAGAUGGUCUUUGAGGUGCUGAGAGGCAUCAAAGAGAUGAUGCUGGUAUCCAUCCUGCUUCUUGCUCUCAUGUUCAUCUUCGCGAGCUACGGUGUUCAGAUCUUCGCCAACCACCUUGCGAAGUGUAACGACCCGUUAAUCGAAACGAGGGAGCUGUGCGUUGGGAGUUUUAUCCAGAACGUUUCCGUGGUGAAGUUUCGCAAAGUCAGGCCCGACGAGCCCCAGCCCGGCUUCCUUGUUCCCAGGGUCUGGGCUAACCCUCGUAACUUUGACUUUGACAAUCUGGCUAAUGCCAUGCUGGCUCUGUUUGAGGUCUUGUCUCUGGAGGGGUGGUUGGAAGUCCGAGACAUCAUCAUUGAGAAAUGCACCUUGUGGCAUGCCGUCUAUAUUCACAUCUUCGUCUUCAUCGGUUGUAUGAUCGGACUGACACUGUUUGUUGGAGUGGUCAUCACUAACUACUUCGAGAGCAAGGGUACGUCAUUGUUAACCAUUGACCAGCGCAGAUGGCAGGAUUUGAAAGGAAGAUUGUCCCUAGCUCAGCCACUUCACUUGCCCCCAAGACCAGAUCAUUCUUUAUUCCGGGCUCGUAUGUACGACAUCACGCAACACAAGUUCUUCAAGCGUUUCAUCGCCUGCUUGGUCCUCAUCAACUUCUUUCUCCUGUCUUACCGAUGGGUAGACCCCACCCAAGAAGCCUCCCAGGCAUCCAAGGCCUUGGCGAGUGUCUCCGUAGUCUUGACGAACAUGUUCGUCCUGGAAGUCAUCUUGAAAUGCAUCUCCCUGAGUCCCAUCGGCUACUGGCACAGUCGACGGAAUCGCUACGACCUCUGCGUGACUGUGAUGGGGGUCGUCUGGGUCGCCGUACACAUCUGGAACGAGAGUCAGUUCAGUUACGCCUUGGGCUCUGCGGUGAUCCUCUUCCGAUUCUUCACAAUUACCGGCAAACAUCCGACACUGAAGAUGUUGAUGAUGACGAUCGUUGUGAGUAUGGUCAAGAGUUUCUUCAUCAUCGUUGGCCUGUUCAUUCUCAUCACGUUCUACGCCUUCACGGGCGUGGUGCUCUUUGGAAAAGUCAAGUACGGCGAAAUGCUGAACAGACAUGCUAACUUUGAGCACGUACCCAACGCCAUCGCCGUGCUGUUCCGCAUUGUCACUGGAGAGGACUGGAACAAAAUCAUGCAUGACUGCAUGAUCAGCCCGCCAUAUUGCAGCAGAAUCGGUCCCAAUUAUUGGCAGACAGAUUGUGGGAAUGUCACUGCGUCACUUCUGUACUUUGGCUCCUUCUAUGUCAUCAUUGCGUACAUCUUCUUGAAUCUACUCGUUGGUAUCAUCAUGGAGAACUUCUCGCUCUUCUACUCCAACGAAGAGGAUGCGUUGCUUAGCUACGCAGACAUCAAGAACUUCCAGAUAACGUGGAAUACCGUCGACGUCGGCAGAAAAGGAGUGAUCCCAGUGAGUAGAGUCAAGUUUGUCUUGCGCUUGCUCCGCGGCCGUCUUGAAGUUGACAUGGAUAAGGAUCGUCUGUUGUAUAAGCACAUGUGCUGCGAGAUUGAGAAGAUGAGAAACGGUCAAGACGUCACGUUUCACGACGUGCUCAGUAUGUUGUCUUAUCGGUCUGUGGAUAUCCGUAAGAGCCUUCAACUCGAUGAACUCUUGGCACGAGAGGAGUUGGAGUAUAACAUCGAGGAGGAAGUUGCCAAGGAAACCAUCCGUACGUGGUUGGAGAAAGUCUUGAAACGAAUGAGGGCGGUAUGUACAACGCAUAUCAAAGAGAAAUCGCAUAUUCAGAUUCCCAACUUCCUACUGGGUUCCUUGACCAAUGAGAGGGAGACGCAUAAAAUCCUGGAUGUCCCAGCAUUCAUUGAGACAGCUGCUAAGGACGACGUGAAACCUGAGGACAAAGAAGGCAAUGAGAAGUUGAAACCUUCGCCGGAGACCAACAGAGACCAGGACCACCCACCCCAGAGUUCACCAAGUCACAAGUUACUCGUCCCCACCCUCUCUGAGGGCGGAGCUAACAAACCAGACAGUGAUGAUCAGGGGGCGGGCCUUAGGGUCAGGCGACAGGGACGUAGACUUCAACCAGGUUCUACUCCAAGCACCCCGAGCAGCACCCCCAGCCCAGUCCCACUCUUCCCUAAGACGGUCAAAUCCUCCAUGGUCUCCUCCGCCACAAAAGACGUCCAAGAUUGGUGGAAGGAGCAGCUCCGAUACGACAGCGGAUCGGAAGAAGAUUGAGUAAAUCUCAAAAAAAGGAAAGUUUUUUUUAUGUAAAGAUUGUUUCUAGUUGUGCCUGUACGCAUUUCUGUGAUUAUGUCACUGAAUUGAUGACUCUGUAUGUCAACCUAGUUUGUAAUGAUGCUGUUGGGACUGAAAAACAUUCUAAAAAAAGACAAGUAGAGUUUGGACUCUGUGCAUGAACGUAGAGGGUGCUUUGCGACUAUUUUUGAGAGCCCAUGCAGUGGGAGGGACGCACUGUACUGGUUCGCCCAGUUUCUUGUAAUUAAUGAUCAAGUUUUUCUAAGAUUGGUAUUUGCUUGUUGAAGACACUUUUCUUGGUUGUUUGCGAUUUUGUUGUAAAGAUACAGGAAUUGACUUGUGUGAAAUUGUAUUUAUUGAACUGUACACACACAAAAAAGAAAGUUGUUUUGAUAGACACCGUGGAAGAAUUACCAUGUUUAUGCUUGUAUAAGUUUAUUUAUUUGCGAAAGUCAGAGGUAAAUUGGUUUCAAAUGUUGCAAACUUGCCGCUUUACUGUAGAUUGGCGGUUACACAGGUUGUGCAUUGUAAACUAGACGCGGCUUAUUGUUGUGUAAAAUAACCGUGAAUGCUUUAUCAAAUGUGCCGUUUAUGGUUGUCAUAAUCGUACCGACCCACCUCUGGGUGUUGGCUCCGCGUUUUUCUCAAAGUUUUUGGCAUCCAUCACAGCUUUGAAGGCUUACCUAUACUAUGUAUUUUGAGAUGCGCUGUAUGACCUUUGCCUACUACAAUGGCAGCACUGACUUUUUGGUACCAGAUGUAAGCUGGGUCAUGUGUGGCAGUACAUGUACUAGUCCGAAAAUGUUGGACUCUCAGUACUGUGUAUGAGAGUCCUAAAACUUUAGGUAUUGAAAACAUGCAAUACUUGAAAAUAGACU